CCGAGCAUCGUUCAUACUUACUUCAACCAAAAUACCAAAUCAAACGCGUUUUACGGAAAGAGAAGCGACUACAACCAAAUCCAAAGAAGAGUCACCGGCUUUAAUGGCAGGCAUCGGCGUGUUGGUUGUCGUACUGGUUGUAGUAGGAAUAGGUGUUGCCGUAGUGAUGCUUCGAAGACGAGGAAUUAUUCCUGCUCGUUUGAAGAAUAGAGCCCCCAAUAGGAAGGGUGAUAAGCAUGACGGCAUGUUGCCAAAUGCAGCGUCAAAUGUAGCAAGAGUCCAUAAAUCUAUGGUUAACCCUAACUACUUUGUACUUGAAAAACAAACCGAGUCAGUGAUCGAACAAAUCGAUCGUUACAACAAAUCAGAGGAUCUUGAGACAGACAUUAUUGAUGAGAACAUUUACCUUUCUAUUGAUGAACCGGCGGCGGAACUGCGUGGGAACGUCAAAGGCGACUGUUGGGAUUAUGAUUUCACCACUGACGGAGCCGCAACAUCUCGUGGUAUAACCCAUGACAAUGUAUACAAUAAACUGAAACUUGACCGCCAGGGUAACUAUGAACAUGUUAAGCGAUCAUGUCAGAUUAAUAAUAUCACGGCACACAACGAUUACGAUACGACUGCAACUCUAAAGGCGAUACGUCUUCAUGGACACGACGACUAUGACCAUGUGGGUGGCAUGGGGCAUUUUUCUGCUCUCUCGUCAAGCGGUGACGACAAUACUUAG